AUGCGAAAUUCUACUGCGGUUCUACUGCUCUCCACAGUGCACUACAAUAUUUCAGCAGCAGACACAGUUUCGAUCGACUCCCAUGAAGCAGAAGUAACGAUGGUAAUUACUUCUCGAAAAGAAAUUCAAAUGACCUUGAUAGCCAUAGAUCCUUCCUGCACCAUAAAUGCAACGAACGUCACAGGCUGCUACAGUUGCACAGAGGCGGCCAAAACAACCGUCUACUGCUACUCCGAAAAGCCUCGUGAAUUGGCACUAGACUGCUCACAUCAAACAUUUCUCCUCAAGUGCUCAACAAAAAGUGAAGCAAACCAUCUCAAGCUCGAAUACAACCACGCGCAUGUACAAGAUCGCUGCCGAUAUCAGUGUGGGGCACAAACGCACGAUAUUCUGCUAGCGGAAAAAUUACUGUAUCACAGAAGUAUGACGGACGACGAAAUUUUUGAUAGCGCAAGUAAAAAGGUGAAUGGCAGCUUGUGGGAAGGCUUCUCAAUCCCAGAUAUGAACCCGCUCAUGAUGGCUUUCGUACAGCAUUGGAAAAUAUCACUGAGUGUGAUAGCAACCUUCGCUAUAGUUGUUCUUUUGAUCUACGCUUUCGGUCCUUCUGUUAUCGUAGCCCUCAUCAAAGUGAUCACUGCAAUCGUCGAGCUGCUUUUACGUACACUGUUCGCAUGUCUUGGCGACGCCCUCAAAGCUUGCCUCCAGAGAGCAGUCAAUGACUCAACGAAACAGUAG